GGAACCUGCAAAUGUAAAUCCUCCACACAUGGGCCCAGUUUCUGGAUUCAUCUACGAACAGCGUUUAUUCUCCCUACUAGCACUACGAUGUGCAUUGGAUACGAACAUUAAGAAUUUUAAAAUUGGAUCGAACCUAAAAAAUUUUGGAAGUUUAGAUGACAUCAUAAUGGAAGUGGAAUAUAACGAUGGAGAACAAAAAAUGUUUCUUUGUCAGCUUAAAUAUCAUACAGGAAGCAAAAAUCUUAGUUUAAAUUUAAACAAAUAUAUUAGGGAUUAUAACUGUAUUCAAAAAAACUAUGAAAAUGUUAAAAUAAACGUAAUUAUACAUACAAGCGCAAAGAAGGAUUGUAUAUCGCAGCAUAAAGCUCUAAUUGAGAUGGAUAAUUUUAAUUCUAAUCUUAAAAUAUUUGAAACCAACAAGAACGGGUAUAUUCAUAAAUACACCACAAAAGGUUUAAAUAUAAAUGAUAAAUCAAUUACUGCAAAUAUGGUAGAUAAUUUUAUAAACAAUUGCUUCGUGUUUUCAAGUCAAAACAAUAUUGACGAACUAUUAAGAAUUGUAAAUGAAGAGUUUAAAAAAAAUGUUAAGGUUGAACAAUUUCAGCUAAUAUUGAAUUAUUUCGAUACGGUAUACCUUAAAAGGAAUGAAUUCAUAUCAAAAGAAGAAAUUGAAUGGAUGUUAAAAGUUAAAAUUUUGUAUCCUUUUGUGGACCAUGUUCUUCAAAAUGUUUAUGUUAAUGAUAAUAAUUGUGUAGAAAACGACAAUGUAAUAAUAGAAACAUUAAAUUUAUUUCAUGUUUCCACAUUGUCUAAUGAAUCGAUGAGUACAAUUUUAAGAAUUAUAACUAUAAUUCUCGAAACUCGUUUUGAUAUAAAUAAUUUAAAGAAAGAACUUUGGCUUGAAAUAUUACCGGAAAAUCUUAAGAUUGAUGAAGAACCCUAUUUUCAAACUUUAAAAUAUAUUAAGAAUAAUGAAUUAUUAUCAUACAAGGACCUACUUAUUCUUUUAUGGAUGAACAAAGACAUACCUCUUCCACUAAUUUAUACCGAGGAAAACAAACGACAAAUCAAUUUUGUAUUAGAAAAUUUUUCGAACAACUUCUCUGUAGUAUUGCUAAAUAAAACAGAGUUUAAUGUUUCCCUGGAAAAUUUUAAUAUCUUCACCAACUUUAAUGAUAUUCACAAUAAGGACCUCAAAGAAAAGAAUUUGGAUCUAGUAAGGAUUAAACUUCACCCUGAAGAAUCAAUUACCUUGAAAGAGUUAAACUUUGCAGAUGGAAUAACUUCUGACAUAUAUGUAAAGCUUUGUUCCGGAGCAGAAAAUGAUUUUAAGUUGAGCAACAAGUUACCUUUUUAUAUCACAAGAACUUUAAAACCUUUGGUGUUUAACGAAAACAUUUUUAUGAACGAUGAUUUUCUAUUUGUUGUCCAUGGAGAUGAGAAAAAAGACCAUCAUCAAAUUCAACUCGAAGAUAUAUUUAAAAAAAUUGUGGAGAAACUUGAGUUCAAAGAUUUAACCUUUCGAAUGCCAAGUUUAUCUUCAAUUCAAAGUGAACACCCGAAAAAAAUCUCGAAACUUUCUGAUUUUUUAAAAGAAUAUUCUAAAGAUGGCAAAAUCAAGAAUACCACAGUUUAUUCCAAGUCAUCCUUAUGGAAAACACAAAAUAAGCUAAAGAAGACAUUUCAGGGUUCAUAUUGCUGUCUUGUAGAAUUUCACGAACAUUUUUUAUGUUACGCCUAUAAUGGUUCUAUAGAAAAAUUAAGUGAUUUUAUGGUUAAUAUGAGUAUUGACGAAAGAGAACUAUUAGAAUUGGGCCUUCCUAUAAAUAUAAUUUAUGGAAAUGCUGGAAUAGGAAAGUCUUUCAUGCUCCGUAACGUGGAAAAUAUUCUUUCAAAAGAGUAUUGGGUAGUAAAUUUGACAAAUAACAAUAUUUUUGAUGAUACAAUUUUAAGCGACAAAAACAUGUUUAUUAAUUAUUUAUUAAUUCACCAAGUGGGUGAGAAAGUUUUUAAUGCGUUUAAGCAAUUUUUAAUUAAGUUAUUUAUAAACCGAAUAAAAAAUAAAAAAGUUUGUAUUACUAUAGAUGCUUUUGAUGAAAUGAACUUAGGAAGUAAAGUUUUAGAAACAAUAUCCAAUCUAUUACAAGUUCCAGUUAUAAUUUCGACGAGACCAACAAUGAAAAACAAUUUAGAGAAUGAGCUGUGCGUACCAUCUUUCAAAAUAAACAAAUUUUCAAGAAAAAACCAAAUAGAUUUUUUACAACAGUCAGCCUCUUUAUCUCCGGAAUACAAAAAUGGUGUAAUUAACGAAUUAAAAAUAGAAAAUAGUUUUUUUGGUGUUCCUUUACUACUAAAGUUAUUAGUGGAAAUUUUGCCAGAUGUAAAUGAAAUUAAAAACAUGAAUUUAAUUGUUUUAUAUGAGAAAUAUUUAACAAAAAGCAUAAAACAUUAUAGAAAUGCCGAUAGAAGAACAAUUAAGUCUUUGGCAUUUAGACUAUUCUUUAAGAAGCAUUUUAGUAAUUUUUUAAACGAAACACUAUUUAAAGAAGAUGUCGAAGACUUUCAGAGGACGAUUAAGGAAACAAAAAAUAACAUAAUAGGAGGACUUUAUAAUGAAAAUGAACCAAUAUUCGUUCAUCGAACUUUUGCAGAAUUUUUAUGUGCUCAGUAUUUAACUGAAAUAUGCAUGGAGAACAAAUUUCAAAAUAUUUUUGAAGAAUUGUUUAAGGAGAGAAAGUUGAACCAGAUCAAAUAUUUCUUUGAUUUAAUCACCUGUCAAGACUUACCUUUGCAUUUUGCUGCCCUAAGAAACGACUGUAAAAAACUAGCACAAAUGCACAAUUUAUUUGAGAAGGAUAUGUUGGGUAGGACUGUCCUUCAUAUCAUAGCCACUUACGGAUGUUAUGAUGAUGUUAUAUUUAAUCCUAAUAAUCACUUGAUGGAGAUAUCUUGUAAAAAUAAAAUUAAUCCAUUCGUAGAAGCCAACAACAUAAUAGACACAAUCUUAAAAAAAUCUGAUGUAAAGGAUAUCAUUGCCCUCAAAGAUAAAUUUAACAAUAAUGUCAUCAACUGCAUUUUGUUAUCGGAAUCAUUGGAUAUUUUAAAUAAGAUUUGUACGUAUACAGAAAUUAAUUUAAACAAAGUAAAUCGCGAUGAUUUUCUUUUAAAAAUAAUAUCCUUUGAUUACCACACAAUAUUUGAAUUGUUGAUAAAUGAACCAAAAAUUAGGACUAACAUACUGGGCAGUAAUUUAAAUGUCAACGGCCGAAUAAUUAACCCCUUACACAAAAGUUUAAAAAUCGCAGAACUUUUAAUUAUAAAUGGUAUAAAUAUCGGUGAACAAAAUAUGUAUGGUGUCACAGCUUUAAUUAUAGCAGCUGUAAACAAUGAUACAGAUGCUAUAAAGUUAUUAGUUUUGCAAGGUGCAGACGUAAACGCACAGGAUGCAAAGAAUAAAAAUAGUACGCCUUUGCAUUUUGUAACUCACCAUGGAAAUUUGGAAAGUGCCAAGGUUUUGCUUAGUAAAGGUGCAAAUAUAAAUGCCCAACAAAACAAUGGAGAUUCGCCUUUAAUGAUAGCGGCUUACACAGAUCAUAGAAAAACGUGGAAAUUAGUAAAUAAGAAAGCACAAAAAAAUUUUCAAAAACCUCGAGGUUACUCAACUCUUUAUUUUGUAGCUUACAAAGAUAAAGGAAAUAAUAAAAUAGCCGAAGUAAUACCAAGUAAAGGGGAAGAUGCGCAAAAAAACGAUGAUGAUUUAAUUUUGACGUCUAAAAAUGAUGAAACAGAUAUAUAA